UUUACUAAUUUUGCAGGCAUAAUGGAUGACGAUGAUCUGUUUGGAGCUUUUGAAGCGAGCGGAAGUGGUGAGACAACUUCUGCUGCACAAACGAGUGCUGAUAAAGAUAAGAUGGAUAAGAUGGCGUUGCUUGAUGAAAAGCGAAGAGAAGAAGCUCGUCAACAGGCCGCUUCAUUGUUGAACUCCAUGAUGCAAGGCGAAUUCGGUGACUCCAUUGAACCAGAAAAGAAGAGGGUUAGGAUGGAAACCGAUGAUGUCAUGGAGCAAGUGAAAGAGACAUUUGAGAAGACUGUCACCGUGCACACUAUUCGUACGGACAACGAGAAUUGCACCCACGAGGUAGCCCUGCCGCCAGACAUGGAGUUUGAGCCUUUGACUAUCAGAGAUUCUGCUCCAGCAAAAAGCUAUCCUUUCCAACUGGAUGCAUUCCAGCGUGAAGCUAUCACAUGCAUAGAGAAUAAUCAGUCUGUAUUGGUAUCAGCGCACACAUCUGCUGGUAAAACUGUGGUUGCUUUGUAUGCCAUUGCGCAAUGUCUUCGUGACAAACAGCGUGUAAUUUACACAUCUCCUAUCAAAGCGCUAUCGAACCAGAAGUUCCGUGAGCUUGAAGAAGAAUUUGGAGACGUUGGUCUUAUGACUGGAGACGUGACCCUGAAUCCAGAGGCAUCUUGUCUUGUAAUGACCACAGAAAUUCUACGUUCCAUGUUGUAUCGAGGCUCCGAGGUAAUGCGAGAAGUGGGAUGGGUCGUAUUUGAUGAAAUUCAUUACAUGAGAGAUAAAGAACGCGGAGUUGUUUGGGAGGAAACUAUCAUUUUGCUACCUGAUAAUGUACACCAUGUAUUUCUAUCCGCAACUAUCCCCAAUGCACGACAAUUUGCUCAAUGGGUAUGCUGGCUGCAUCGGCAGCCCGUGCACGUGGUGUAUACAGAUUAUCGUCCCACUCCGCUUCAACAUUUCAUAUUCCCUGUUGGAGGAGAGGGACUGUAUGAAGUCGUAAACGUACAGGGACAAUUUCGUGAAGAUAAAUUCAUGCAAGCCAUGAGUGGACUGGCAUCUUUAGGAGACCAGGCUGCUGGAGGUGUACAAAGAGGUCGCAAAGGUGGAAUGAAAACGGACUCUAAUGUGGUGAAGAUUAUCAGAACUAUCAAGGAGCGCGAUAUGUUGCCUUGUAUCAUCUUUUCGUUCAGCAGGAAGGAAUGCGAAGCAUACGCACUUUCUCUCAAAGACAUGGAUUUCAACGAAGAGGAAGAGAAGAAGUUGGUACGUGAGAUAUACAACAGUGCGAUAGACCUUUUGAGUGAUGAGGACAAGAAAUUGCCACAAAUAGGACAGAUUCUACCAUUGUUACUGCGAGGAAUCGGAGUUCAUCAUUCGGGCCUUCUGCCAAUUCUCAAGGAAACUGUAGAGAUUUUGUUUGGAGAGGGAUUGCUGAAGACUUUUUUUGCAACCGAAACGUUCUCGAUGGGCUUGAAUAUGCCAGCUAGGACUGUGCUGUUUACGUCGGCUCGAAAAUUUGACGGAGCAGACAACAGGUGGAUUACGUCUGGAGAGUACAUUCAAAUGUCCGGAAGGGCAGGACGGCGAGGAAAAGACGAUCGAGGUCUUGUGAUCUUGAUGGUGGAUCACAAAAUGAGUAGUGAAGAUGCAAAGCAAAUUAUCAAGGGUGCAACGGAUCCAUUAAAUUCGCAAUUUCGUCUUACGUACAAUAUGGUGCUGAAUCUUCUGCGGGUGGAGGGCGUAAAUCCAGAGUUUAUGCUAGAAAGGUCGUUUUACCAGUUCCAGAAUUAUGAUGCCAUCCCGGGUCUCAAGAAGAGAACGCAAGAGAAAGCUAUUGAAAUAGAAAAUAUGCACUUAGAGCAUGAACGUGACAUAACUGCUUUCUUCGACAUGGAGAAGCAGAUAGCCAAUCUUCAAACGACCAUAAAGAAAACAAUUUGCAUGCCUAAAUACCUGGUUCCUUUCCUGCAUGCAGGAAGGAUGAUCCAUGUUGUGGCUGGCACUCGCGACUUUGGUUGGACAGUUCUUGUAAAUUUCCACAGAAAAACGAAUGUUGACGAUAGCAGCCAGAUGGUCUACAUACUGGAUGUAUUCAUGGGCUUCAGAAGUGAUAGCAUUGAUGAAAAUCAUAGCUUAGCCCAACUACAGCCUAUCUCUGAGGGGGCCUAUGCAACAUGGGACGUCGUUUCAAUCGCUUUGGAUUGUGUAGAUGAAAUCAGUGCAGUCAGGCUGAAGCUUCCCCGAAAAUUGGACUCGAAUUCUAAAGGCGUCAUAGAGCAGAUGAUAAAGAGCGUCAAGCAAAGGUUUGCUAAAAUACCACUCCUACAUCCGGUCAACGACAUGCGCAUCACCGAACCAGCAUUUGUCCAUGCCGUAGAAAAAGCGACUGAAUUGGAACAACGGAGUCAGGAGCAUCCGCUUCGAAAGAAUCGCGAUUUUGAGAUUAUCAAGAAGCAGUACUUAGUGAAGGAGGAGAAGAGGCGAGAACUGAAGUCAUUAGAAGAAGAAUUGCGUAAGGCUCAAUCAGUGCUACAAUUAGAUGAACUUAGUCAUAGAAAGCGUCUUCUACGUCGGCUUGAGUAUGCUGAUAAGUCAGAUAUUAUAACGGAAAAGGGUCGAUGUGCUUGCGAGCUCUCCGCAGCUGAUGAAUUGAUGCUAACGGAAAUGCUCUAUGGUGGCGUGUUCACUGACCUUUCUCCUGCACAGCUUGCCGCGCUCCUUUCAUGCUUCGUUUUCCAGGAAAACGCAAAGACGCCAAAACUUGCCGAGGAAUUGUCUGGUUGUCUCCGAAAGCUGCAUGAAUAUGCACGAAGGAUUGCAAAACUUUCGAUUGAGUGCAAACUCGAUGUUAUUGAGGAUAAGUAUGUCGAGUCAUUCAAUCCGGGAAUGAUGGACGUGGUGUUUCAAUGGGUGAACGGUUCCUCUUUCGCGGAGGUUGUGAAAAAUACAGACAUUUUUGAAGGAUCGAUCAUCCGAUGUUUGCGGCGUUUGGAAGAAGUCUUGCGAGAAAUGGUGAAUGCUGCGAAAUCUAUGCAGAACCAAAGCCUUGAGGAAAAAUUCGAAGAAGCUCGUGUGCGCAUCAAGAGAGAUAUCGUGUUCGCCGCUUCCCUCUAUCUAUGA